AUGCCUGUCUACCUUAUUUCCAGGAUCGCGGAUCCCCUCUUCGCCCUGACCAUGGGUGUCUCUGCUGCCCUCACUCGCAUCCGCCGUGACCAGCGCGAACAGCACCCUGAGCGCGCAUCAGAAAUCACAUACGGAAGUAUCGUACAAACGAGCGGGCACCGGUUAAGACGGUGGUGGAAUGGAGACUUCCAGGACGUUUAA